AUGAGGCUCGUUAUUUGUGUUGACGGCAGUCACUUGAAAGGUCCGUACAAAGGUACCCUUCUACAGGCAACUGCCGAAGACGCCAACAAACAGAUUUAUCCGUUAGCAUGGGGGAUUGUUGAUCCCGAAACGAAUAGAUCUUGGAUGUGGUUUUUAUCAAAUUUGAAAGAUCUUAUAGGUGACUCGGAUGAAUUGGUGUUUGUUUCAGACAGAAAAAAUAGUAUUGAAAAUGCCAUUGCCCAUCUAUUUCCUCGGGCUCACCACAGGUGCUGUGUUUGGUAUAUGGAAAAGAAUUUAAUCCAGCGGUACGACAACGCAAGUUCAAUAUUCCUAUUCAAAAGAGCCGCAAGAACAUACCGAACCGAAGAGUUUGAAAGACUUAUGAGACAGCUUUGUAGGGUUAGUGCAAGAGCGUAUGGGUACUUGGAGCGAGCAGGUUUCCCAUUUUGGUCACUUGCACUAUUUGUUGGCCAACGGUACAACAUUUUGACCAACAACAACGCAAAAUCUUUGAACUCAAUGUUGAGACAUGCCCGUUCAUUACUGAUCACGUGCUUAGUGGAACACAUUCGGCAUACUAUGCAGAAGUGGCUUUAUGAACGUCGAGCAAGUGCAACCGCAUGCAGUACCGUUCUGUCACCAACGAUGGAGAAUGAGUUACGGACGACGUUCAAAGCAGGUAGUAGGCUGCGAGCGCAUGGCUUGACAAAUAACUUAAGACAAGUUGGAAUAUCCAAUGACAUGACAUCGUAG